AUGGCUUCAUUCACACUGCUUGCUCGUCCCAUGUUUUUGCCCUUCCAGGCCUCUUCAAAAUUCUGGGCCAGAUCUUCUUCUUCGACCCCUGACUUUAUUCGUCCUCCCGGGCCCAUCUCUUCCUGGACCCGAGAUGAAUACAACGCAUAUAAGCCAUGGAAAUACGCCACAAAUACCGAAUAUCGUCAAAGACUUCAGAAAUCUGCUCUACACUAUGCCAAUCAUCGAUACGACACGGACCCAAUUUGGCGCCGGAAGAUAAUCGAAGGUCAUGCCCAGAGGAUCAAACAACGAUACGCCAACGAUGCUGAUUAUCGACAAGCUCAUAGACUGCGUGCCAACGAGCGCUGGGCUAACGACACUGACUAUCGCCAAGCUAUGCUCCAGCGCUAUAGGGAGCGAUACAGGACCGAUCCCGAGCACCAUGACAUUGUGAAGCAACGUGCCAUUGACCGGUAUGCAAACGAUCCUGAGUAUCGGGAGGCUACGAAACAACGAGCUAGAGAGAGGUACUGGCGGAACAAAUUUGAGCUUCCCACUGAUCACUCUCAACAACGGUCCUUAGAUCAGUCAGAACCUCGAGACAAGUCAAACAAAUCAAAAAUGACUGGUCUCUGA